AGAGAGGAGGCUGACGCCUUCCUCGUCCCACGUCGUCCUUCCACCCGGCCGCCCGGUCUCCCGGAAGCCCAACGUCACUGCUCUGCGCCGGAAGACGCUGUCUUCGCGUCCUCUUCCCUCAACACCGACCUCCUCCCCGGCAGCCUGAGACCCCAGGAUAUGAGCCGGAAGAGGCAUCGCCUGGUCCCGGACACCUUGGGGCUGAAGAGGCGGCGGGAACGGGAGCAGGCCGAGGCGGACCCUCUCAGGGGCGAGUCAGGGUCCGCGCGCGCGGCCGUCGCCGAGCUGGUGCAGCUGUUCCCGAGAGGCCUGUUCGAGGACGCGCUGCCGCCCAUCGCGCUGAGGAGCCAGGUGUACAGUCUCGUGCCCGACCGGACGGCGGCCGACCGGCAGCUGAAGGAGCUUCAAGAGCAGGGGGAGAUCAGAAUCAUCCAGCUAGGCUUUGACUUGGACGCUCAUGGAAUUAUCUUCACUGAAGACUACAGGACCAGAGUCCUUAAGGCCUGCGCCGGCCGACCAUAUGCUGGGGCAGUGCAGAAGUUUCUGGCCUCGGUGCUUCCAGCUUGUGGGGAUCUUAGCUUCCAGCAGGACCAAAUGACACAGACCUUCGGCUUCAGGGACCCAGAGAUCACGCAGCUGGUGAAUGCUGGAGUUCUCACGGUCCGAGAUGCUGGGAGUUGGUGGCUAGCCGUGCCUGGAGCCGGGAGAUUCAUCAAAUAUUUUGUUAAAGGGCGGCAGGCUGUCCUCAGCAUGGUCCGGAAGGCCAAGUACAGGGAACUACUCCUUUCAGAGCUCUUGGGCCGGCGGGCACCUGCAGCGGUGCGACUCGGCCUCACCUACCACGUGCAUGACCUCAUUGGGGCUCAGCUGGUGGACUGUGUCUCCACCACUUCUGGAACUCUCCUCCGCCUGCCAGAGACGUGAGGAUUCUGCUUGUCAUUGCAUACCUCCCCGGGGUGGGGUGAGAGGGAUCCAGGAGUACUGUCCUGUGGUGGCUGAGGCAGGGUCACGUUGGGAGCCAGGAUGGGUGUUGAGCUUGCAUCUGCCGAAAGGGUCAGACGUGACUGCUGCUGUUUACCUGGGCUCUCGCCCAGUGGUGGGGUUUGGGCAAUGGUUCUCUGCCCUUCUGUGGAAGUGGAGCCAGAAACCAUAUCAAGGCCGCGGCUGUUGCCUUUCAUGCAGCAAAAGUAUUGCUGUUACUCUCUUGGGAUAGCACAGUGGGACUUCUGGGGAGGCUGAUAAGGGAGGGCAGAGUUCCCUUUUCCUACAUGUUGGGUUAACACUGCAAAUAAAGUGCUUCUUUGCCUGUACUA